UCACAAUACGAUUUACUCUCGAAUGAUUUGACAAAUUUUUCAAAUAUUUCGUAUUUAAUAACAAAAAAUAAUGGCUACAUUCUUUGGUGAAGUUAACGAUAUAUCAUCUCGAUCUGCCUGGUGGUCUGAUUCGGAUUGUGAUGAUGAAACCGUACCAGAUGAUGAUGUUCAAAAAACAUCGAAACUCGGAAAAUUUUCGAUAAAUUAUGAAAAUGGCUUCACACCAGAUUCUGAAUUCAAAUUCGAACGAAUUUAUGUUACUAAUGUUAAAUCGAUUCCGAAAAAUUUGAAAACAAUUCUUACCAUAUCAAUCGAAAAUGUUAAAGUUCCGGUUUGUUAUUUGAAUUUAUUAAAUAAUAAUGAUCAUCCACAAUGCUGUUGGUUAGCCAUCAAUCAUCGAAUAUUAUCACAACAUGAAUAUUUGACUGUACAGCUAGUAGACUAUCUAUUCGAUGCCAUAUUGAAAAAACUAAUCGAUUCCAGCAAACCAGAAUUGUUGAUCAUAUCGAAACAAAAAAAUCGUUCUAGUUAUGUUCAAUAUCUUCGAUCACCAAAUACAAAUGAUGAUGAUUAUAUCGUAAAUUUGGGCAAAAAAUGUAACAUUAAAAAAUUGAUGGCACCUGAAACAUCCAACGAUGAAUUUGAAUUGGCCACAAUGCAGCAUUGUAUUAUACAUCGAAUAAAUUUUAUAUUUUUCAUUCUACCAACCGAAUACGAUAAUGGACAAUUUGUACCGAAAACAAUUCGUGAUUCAUUGAAUCAAUUUUAUGAUUUUUCCCAUAAUAAUAAUCUGAUUGUCUGAAAUGAUGAUAAAAAUAAAUUUU